UGCCUGUCUCGCGCCAAACCGCUCCAUUCAUUCAUUCAUUAGUUUUUGUUGUGUAUGUUGUAACAUAGUGCUAGGCCUACCAACACAAGUUAGCUUAGGCUUAUAUGUUCGUGAAAGGUGAUUUUUUUUGUAUCCAGAAAGCUCAUUGACUGCUGUCUUGCUACCAAUUUUAAACAAUGGAAUUCAAGGAGACAGAUGUGGAUGCAGGGGAUGGUACACAGACAGGAAAUACCGGAGAAAUAACUGGAAAGAUUAAAGCCAAAGUCAUCAUGGAAAACAUGAAAGGAGACUUGACUUACGGAAUCCAAGAUGUUCCUCCGAUAUCUACCUGCAUUUUUCUUGGCUUCCAGCAAUAUUUGACUAUGUUUGGAGCAACGUUAGCCAUCCCACUGCUUUUGUCGGCUGUCUUUUGUAUGGACCAUGAUCUGGUAGCCCUAAGUGAACUUAUUGGUACUAUUUUCUUUGUUUCUGGCUUGGCAACACUUUUGCAAACUACGUUUGGCUGCAGACUACCCAUUGUACAAGGGGGAACUUUUGUAUUUGUUGCUCCGACAUUUGCCAUUCUAGGUCUCCAAGGAGAUUGUCCUGCGCCACCUUUGGAAAAUGCAACACAGGCUGAUGUAGAUGAUUCAACAGAGGUUUGGCAAAGCAGAAUUAGAGAAUCACACUCUCCACUGUAUGUGUUCAAUUAUACUUGUUUUUUCUGCAGUACUAUCGGACUGAUUGUUCUGUUUUCGCAAUACUUGAAGGAACUCAACAUUCCAUUUCCAAGCUACUCACGAAAUAAAGGCAUCCAUGCUGUAUGGUUCCCAGGUUUUAAGUUAUUUCCAGUUAUUCUUGGUAUUAUGAUCUCAUGGAUACUGUCCAUCAUCAUCACGGCAACUGGUGGUUUCCCUGACGACCCGAAUAUCUACGGUUACAAUGCUAGAACUGACAGUCGUAUUGGUGUUUUGGAGCAGUCAAAAUGGUUCCGCUUCCCUUAUCCAGGACAGUGGGGACUACCAUCCGUUACUGUAGCUGGAGUGUUUGGAAUGUUAGCUGGCGUUCUGGCAUCUAUGGUUGAGAGCAUUGGUGAUUACUACGCUUGCGCACGUCUCUCCGGUGCACCUCCACCACCAACCCAUGCUAUAAAUCGUGGAAUUGGUAUUGAAGGGAUUGGCUGUAUAAUAGCUGGUCUGUGGGGAUCAGGAAAUGGGACAACAUCGUACAGUGAAAACAUUGGUGCUAUUGGUAUAACUAAGGUUGGAAGCGUGCGAGUUGUACAAGUGGGAGGCUUCAUCAUGAUUCUGUUAGGCUGCUUUGGCAAGUUUGGUGCCCUCUUUGUCACAAUUCCAGAUCCAAUUGUUGGUGGUUUAUUUUGUGUGAUGUUUGGUAUGGUGACAGCAGUCGGUUUGUCUAAUCUGCAGUUUGUUGAUUUGAAUUCCUCUCGCAAUCUAUUUGUCGUUGGCUUUUCAUUGAUCAUGGGAUUAGUAAUUCCCAAUUGGUUGAAUGAAAACCCAACUGCAAUUCAGACAGGCAUCUCUGAAAUUGACCAGAUCAUUACAGUUCUGCUGAGUACCAGCAUGUUCGUUGGCGGUAUCCUUGGAUUUCUCCUUGACAACACCAUUCCAGGAACUGAUGAAGAAAGAGGUUUAUUAAAGUGGCGUGAGGUUUAUGGGAAGAAAAAUGUUGACCAAGAUGUUGUUAAUGAAAUCUAUAAUUGCUAUGACCUACCCUGGGGUAUGGAUUACAUUCGCAAGUGUAAAUUCCUUAAAUAUGUACCCAUCUCUCCCACAUUCACUGGGUUCGCCAGACAAAGAUAUUCAAGUGUGCGAAGUACGGAAUCAAGUAGAAGAAGGAAAGAAAAAAAUGGAGAUUCAAACCAAGGCAACCCCCAAGGUAUAGAUAUGGCCAGUGUGUAGGAAUGCAAAGACAGGCAAUCCAGGCUUUCAUCAGAAGUUAAUAAAUGAUUCAGGGAUUCAUAAACAUGUUAAGGAAUAAUAUGACAAUUUAAUUAACCAAACUGGUUUUUACUUAUUGAUAAUCAUCUGAUUAUCCUCGCUGCCCAAUGUCAUGAAUUCCUCAUCUUCUUGUUAAAUCUGUAGUUAUGUUACAGCACUAUUAAUAACAGUACUUGUUGACAAAUCCAAAUUGCUAAUUAUAUCUCAAUAAGACAACAAUGCCUUGCAUAUUAAUUAGGUGAUUGUAAAGUAAAUUAUUACUAUCUGAGUAGUAGUGUGUAUAUUGAAUCUGUAGUUUGAAAAAUAGGGUUCUCAUUAAUUCAUCAUGUACAGUACAUCUAUUUUGAUCAUUAAUAAUCUAAUUUAUAAAUAAUAUGUGAAGUACACUGUUUUGUUUUCUUUGUUCUUACAUACACUUAGAUUCCUUAAGAUGAAUCAAUAAAACAUUGGUUUUAAUUUAAAAACCUAAAUGCACAAUGGUUGGAAAAGUAUUGAUAUUUACAGAGAUACACAGUGUUGCAAAAUGCUAAUAGAACUGUUUAGAAAUUACCAAUGGUACAUAAAAUAAUAAUUUGAAGUUUUUUGUGUGUAUAAAAUACAUGCAUUUUAGCAAAAACAAAAUAUUAUAACGUAAUUUUAACAAUACACAGAAAAAUCGUGCGUAAUUCUAUAUUUGUAUACUGUACAUUUAAACAAUUUAAUAACAUUUUAAUUAUCAAUUAAUUAGCAAUUUUAACAAAAUUACUCAAUGUGUAUGGCUAUACCGGUAUAUGUAAGAUAUUAAAUAGCAUAUGCAAUAAUGCAAUUAUAAUGCAACAUACAAUUGUGAAGAAAUGGUAAAUGAAUUAGACUAGAAGGUAUUAAAUUUCAAUAAGUAUAACUACGAUUGCUGUAAGCUAGAAGGCAUUCAAAUAAGUUUGCUUGAUAAGUAUUUAACUUAAAUAUGCAUAUUUUGUGUCAAUAAUUAAAAUAAGGAUAAUGUCAGUAUGCAUAUUUUGUGUCAAUCUUUAAAAAGAAAUAAUAUAUAACAGGGUUGUUUUUCACAUAUGACAUUAAUAAACAAUGCUCAGAUUGUUUUAUAAUGUCAAACAGUAUGCCAAACAUUUUGGUUAAUUCCAUGUUUUCAUUACUUUUCUGUUUGAAUGGGUUUUUCUUUUUAAAUGUUAUUUACUACUUAAGGCUAACAAUGUAUAUUUAUCAUUUUUAUUUAUCAGUUCAAGAUUGUGUUUCAUGAUUUCUUGCCUAAAAUAUUUUGUCAUUGCAUGUUAUUGCAUGUACUGUGUGUGUAACUUAAUAAAUGUAACACAUAGCAAUUAUAAUCUCAGUUAAGUUUAUUUCUUGCCAAUAUAAAAUGCAAAGUGUACAUGAUUAAAAUGCUAUUUAAAUUGCAUAACUGUAUUGGGAUCCAAAAUAGAAAAUAAAAUGGCACAAAUGAACAGUGAACCUACACUCACAAAUACUACAUAACUUGAAUUAAGUAUAUUUGUCUCGUUGGAUAUAGUAUUAAAAGCAGAAGUAAUGGUAGAAAUGA